AUGCAUCUCCCAGCACUCAUCGUCUUUAUCUCCGUCAUGUCAGUUGAUGCAGCUGCACCGAGAACUUUCCUAUGGCAAGAAGUAGGAAACCCAUCAUGUAUUCGCUGUUGUGGAGGCGCAGAAGAGCAAGCGGAUGCUCCUAAGAAAACCAGGAUUAAGGAGUAUGUGAUGCACCCUAUGCCGAGGGUCCAGCCACGUAUUGAGAUGAGCAUCCUAAAGGGUGAGAAGGGUAAUGUAGGAGACAAAGGUCCUCCAGGAGUCUCAGGAAAAGAAGGCGAACGAGGACCACACGGGGUUCUAGGAAUAAAAGGUCAGAAGGGUCAAGUAGGUCCACCAGGAAACUCCUGCAAGGUCCAGUAUUCUGCUUUCUCUGUUGCCCGUCGUAAAUCGCUGCACAGCACUGACUACUUCCAAACAGUCAUCUUCGACACAGAGUUUGUAAAUCUUUACAAACACUUCAACAUGUUCUCAGGGACUUUCGUCUGCUACAUUCCUGGAAUUUACUUCUUCAACCUAAAUGUCCACACCUGGAACCUGAAAGAGACCUAUCUACACAUCAUGAAGAAUGACCAGGAGACGGCCAUUUUAUAUGCACAGCCAAGUGACCGCAGUAUCAUGCAAAGUCAAAGCCUUAUGCUUGAGCUGAAGGAGAAGGAUGAGGUUUGGGUGAGGAUGUUCAAACGAGAGCGGGAGAACGCAUUGUACAACGAUGAAACUGAUGUCUAUAUUAUCUUUAAUGGUUAUCUGAUCAGAUCAGCGGACGAGUGA